AUGCAGAGCAUUCCCACCGGCCUCGAGCAAGCCCUGUAUGACGUCAGCACGCUGCCGUGCGCCAACUACCGCAAGUACCUGACCAAGGAGGCUGCGGAAUUCGUCUCUCCUGCUGCAGAAAGCCUCGCCGCCGUGAAUAAUUGGUUACAAGCCAACAAUAUCGAUGCCGCUGUGCUCACUCCGGCGGGCGACUGGAUCAGCUUUAGUGUUCCCGUCAGUCAGGAGACGAUCUGUUCGAUUCCGAGUUCUCUACAUUCGUACGUUCGGCCUAAGGCGUACGGAGCAUUCGGACGCUCGCGUGUUCUAUCCUAG